AUGUCAGACAAUCCAGACCGCUUCCGGCUCUUCCAUGGAGCCACGGGUUCAGGACGUCCGUCCUGCGACUACCCUGCACCCCACAGCGUCCAGGAGACCGCUAGCACCUCCACGCCGUCCGAGGACUUUGAUGACUUCUUUGACUGGGAUGCGUGGGCACGCGAUGAGGUGACGGAUGUAACCACCCAAUCCGACGUUCCCUCGGAAGGAAAGCCCGCCGCCAGACCCUCGCCGCUGACCCCGGCGGGUCCCGGCGUCGUGCUUCCCAGCCACCAAGAUGAUACCCCCAUGCCAGACGCACCCUCCCAGGAACCUCAACUGCCUCAUGUUUGGCCGAGCGUUUCGGUCACUCAGCCCCCUCGAGACUUGCACAUCCGUCUCGAGGCCUCGCCCCCACCCACGGCCUCGCCGCCCCUUGGCCAGAAGAAGACACGAGUCCUUAAACACCCAGAGGAGACAAGCCUGGUCCGAGAGAUGAAGGCUUGCUAUCACUGCAAGAUAAACAAGACCAAGGUCCUGUCCACCGUUCUGAUGGACGCAAUCGUUGACUGUGGCCAAGCACGGUGGAAAUGGAACGACCCAGAUUUUUCCACGCCAGGUCGUAAUCAGUUCGUCGAUGGCCGCCUUCGACUCUUCAUCUUCUUCGAUAGUGUCAGCAGCCCUUUUUUGGAGGUCGUGGUUGGUCCCUUCGCACUGCCGAACCAGAAGGAUCAUGGGCCGCAAAACAGUCGCCCACUUGGAAUCCUGCCCGAUGAAACUCCCUCCGAGGCCCAGCUCUACCAGUGGGCGGAGCAACAGAUUGAGGCCGAGAUAGGGGGCAACUUCGAAGCUGAAAUGGACAAACUUCUCCUGAAAUUCGUUCGCCGAAUGCAGACAAAUACCUGGCUGGAUGGUCAACAACUGUCAAUACCGGAUACCUUGCUGCCGAACCUACUCAAGAUGCGGUGCAUGUGGAAGGUCUGGAGCUGCAAGCAACUCUUUCUCCGGCAACAGCUUGGGUCUCCAGCCUAUCAAUUCGGCUUGAACAUGUCGUCCAUCCAAGAUUCACUCCGUCUGCAGGCUGCACGGAUAAUCUCGGAGCUUGAGCGCAAGGUAGUUGAUGACAUUGAGAAGACGUUUCUUCUCAAGAACAAGAAAGACGCUGCCCGCCCGUCGCCGGAGAUGCGCCGCACCGUCGAAGUCACGAGGUGGUUGUUGCUGUGGCAGGUGAUAUUGAUUUACCGCCAGUCGUUGAGCUUGGUGAUGGAACAGCAACAAACGAACGCUGAGCCUCUACCGGUAGCAGGUUAG